AUGCUAGCCCUGCCGUGGAUUGUCUACUUUGAUUUGGUGCCCAUUUGGGAGGACAUGGAUGAUAUUAAAGUCUGUGUGGAAGUGUGGCCAAACGAAAAAGCAUCACAAAAUUAUUUCUUGGUGGUAAAUCUGGGCCUCCAAUACCUGCUGCCCCUAUCGAUCAUAAUAUUCUUCUACAUACUAUUGUUCAUAAAAAUCUGGCGCCGAAAAAUGCCCAAGAUCGUUAGGCAGUCCAGCGAUGACACGUUGAACGACUGGAACACCCGGAUUGUGGAAAAGUCCAAGAUCAAAGUGCUCAAAAUGCUGAUCGCCAUUGUCUCCCUGUUUGCCCUGUCGUGGUUGCCGUUGUACGCCAUUUUUGCCCGGGUCAAAUUUGGGCCCCCGUUUGAUGACAGCACUUUUGAAGGUAUUUUAUUG